UUUAUCUAGAUUAGUGCCUAUAUUGUAAGUUUGAAUUUAUAUUGGUUUAGCAUGCUUGCGGGAACAGCAAAUGGGUCCGAUAACCCAAAUGCAGUGGUCUGGAACAGCCCAGGAAUCUGGCUCACUUACGUCAUCAUCGUAGCUUUUCUUCAUUUUAUAUUUUUGAGCAUGCCAUGGUUUACAACAUCUGUUGUUUGGACACUAACAAAUGUCAUCCACGAUGUGGGUAUGUACUUCUUUCUUCAUACAAUAAAAGGAACUCCCUUUGAAACAACUGAUCAAGGAAAAUAUAGAUAUUUGACACAUUGGGAACAAAUGGAUGCAGGGACACAAUUUACAGCAGCUAGGAAGUUUUUCAUGACAGUUCCCAUAGUUUUAUACUGUUUGGCAAGUUUUUACACAAAGUAUGAAUUUUGGCAUUUUGUUUUCAAUACCAUGGCUUUGCUUAUAACACUGCUCCCGAAACUUCCACAACUUCAUGGUGUCAGAAUAUUUGGAAUAAACAAAUAUUAAAAUAAAGAAUUUAAAGAUGGCUCAUCCUAGUAAAAAGUGAUUAAGAAAAUUAUGUAUAGAGUGUAGAUCUAUAUGUCGUCGUCACUACUACACUUACAUGCUGGGCAAAACAAGUUUUUGAGUGGGUUGGUUUCAUUAAGUUAACUAAACUGAAUAGGUAUUUUUAUAUCAAAUGAUGGCGUAUUGUUUACUUAGUGCUUUUAUAUUUAGACAUGAAUUAUUUUUUCUCACUUUCACUUGAGCGCUGUUUCUUUCAAACAGUUUGUAUAGUAGGCCUGGAAUGCUGGUAUCUUUUCAGUUAACGGCGCCUAUCUACUGUGCAUGGACUUGUGGUCAAGUUUUAUAAAUAGUGAUGUCAGUUUCGCCUGGUUUACUCACUAGCCACUAGCACUAUCAGAGGCCUUAUCGCCUGUUUUCCCUGGUAUUCAUUGUUCUCACAUGUAUUUUUUAAGUAGUCUUGAAUGGUGUGGCUAUUAUUAAUAUUAUAAAAUCUAUUUAAUUUUAUUGAAAAUGCAUCAUGGGUAUAUGGUAAACCAUACUGUGUGGAGCAAAUUGCAAAAAAAUAUAAUUUUUUACUGUAAUGGUAAAUACUUCUUACGCUCCUUCAUAUUUGACCAAAGCAAGUAGAUUUUUCAGACAUCAUAAAAGUAGGUGUUUGACUUGUAUAAAAUGCAUUCUCAAAUAUUUUUUUUGGUAACAUGGCUUGGUGUAUCUUUAUGUAUUUGGGUGCAUUGGACUGAUUUUAGCUCCUGUAUAGUAUAUUUGUUUACUUGUAUUUGUUUAUUAUGUUCUGGAAAAAUACACAAUUAUCGUAUACACA